UUUACUAAUAAAUGAAAUCAAGCAACAGCUCUAGAUAAAAAUUCACAAACUCUUUAAACUCGUUGUAAUACACUGUUCCAGCGAUGUCGAGAUUGAACAAGGGUUUCGCCCGCCUAAUCAAUCCGGGCGUGGUGCUCAAUCCGGAGCUGAACCAGAAGAUAGUCGCCUUCGAGGCCAUGGCUGCCGAGCGAUCUGACCUGGAUGUCGAAUUGAGCCAAUUGCGCAAGCAGCAGGACGACACCGAGGAUAAUUUGGCCGAGGCUCUGGCCGAGGACGAGUUUCAGUGCAAUUUGAGGGGACAGCAGUUCACAGGUCCCAACGAUGAUGAACUGCAAACAAUCCUCAAGAAUCACCUCGGGGGAAUUAUCGACAAGCUGGCCAAGAAGUAUGAGCGCAUUGUAUACCUAGAUGCUGACAUCCGGAAGCUCAAGGGAACCAUCGAAAAGGCCAUCAUUGUGGCAAAUGAGGAAUCGGCAGCCGCAGCCUCGAUGUGAAGCGAUUUUACCUAUUUUUGCACUUCCAUGUGCAUCUUAAAAAUUUUCGUUCUCUUCCAAGAGUUUGCCAUUCAUAAAUCAAAUGAUAUAUAAUAUAACUGAAAAGCUUUCAUUUAAAAUGAGCUAGAAGAA